AUGAGGAUGCUCCCAAGUGAAACACUGAGACAGUAUUUCGAAUGCUAUUGGCAACUUUUUAACGAGAUUCCUGGGAUUGACGAAUACUGGGCUGGGCGUUCCUUCAAGAAUGGCUUGGAAUCAGGCAGCAAGAUCUUAGACGAGCUAGCAAUUCCUCCUCUAUCGAUCGCAAUCCCUCAACUUUCGGCGCCAAUUUCCACCCCGCAAUCCCAACCCAAGAAGCACAUCAACAACAUCAAAGAAGGAAAGAAGCGUCCUCCAAAGGAACACAACUAUGUCGCUAAAUCAACGGUUUUCAAGGAACCAAUUUGGUCUUUCCUCAAAGAGAUCAUGAGACAGCAGUGGUUUGAAUGGCUAGCAGGCAAGCUCGGCACGAACACGGGCCAGCCAGAUCAAAACCUAAGGAAGAAGUGCUCCUACCACAAUGAGCUCGGCCACUAUACAACCGCCUGUGCCCCAUUCAAAGCACUCCUGGAGCGCCUGGCGUCCCAGGGUCACCUUGAUCAAUACAUUGACCCAGCCAAAACACCUGCCCGCCAGCCUAACACAAUCCCAAACUAG